AUGACUACACCAUAUGAGAAAAUGCGCCUCAAAAGAAUGGAAGAAAAUAAGAAAAAGCUAGAUGCUCUCAAUCUUCCUACAAUCUCUCAAUCCCUUAACAAAUCAUCUGAAUCUUCUUCCAAACCAUCACCUUCUGUGAAGGGUCUUCCGAAGUUUGUACAACCUGGAGAGCUUGAAGUAAACAAAAAGCGCCUACGUUCAACUACAACUCACAAAUCAUCAAUAACCCCUCCCCCGAUCAAAACUACAAUAACGCAUCUACCAAUCCAAACUGCAAAAGAUGUUGUGGUCGAAUAUGAGGAUGAAGAUGUUGUGGAAGGAGAUGAGACAGAAGAUGAUGUGACAGGAAAUGAGGCCGAAGAUGUUGUGGUAGGAGAUGAGGCUAAAGAUGUUGUGGUAGGAGAUGAGACUAAAGAUGUUGUUAAAGUGGCUAAAUCUGUGUAUUGGGAUGUAAAAGUCAUAAGUAAGUAA